UCUCUCAUUUUAAACUUACAAUUCACACUCUCUCUAAUCUCUCUCUACCUCUGAUAUCAAAAUUCAUUUCGUUUAUUAUUAGAAAAUUAUAAAUUUUUUUAAAAAAAUCUUAAAAUUUCACUUGAUUUCUCUACCAUCCAUUGUUGCAGACAAUCAAUAAAUAAUUUAUAAAGAGAGAGGUUAAAACUAUUAAGAGGAUGGAUUCACAAAGAAGAGGAGGUGGAUUGGUGUCACUUUCGCCCUCUCAAACGCCGCGUUCGAGCGAUAAAGCGGCAAGAUCUGGAGCUGAUUUUAGCUCUUCGACGUCGUCUUCUUCUAAUAGUAAGCAUGAUAAGGAUAAAGGUGUCAAUGUUCAAGUCAUUGUGCGUUGCAGGCCGUUGAGUGAUGAUGAGAUGAGAGUGCAUACUCCAGUGGUGAUUACUUGUCAUGAGGGUAGAAGGGAAGUUGCUGCUGUUCAGAAUAUCGCUAACAAGCAGAUUGAUCGAACUUUUUUGUUUGAUAAGGUUUUUGGCCCAACGUCCCAACAAAAGGAUUUGUAUGACAUGGCGGUGGCGCCAAUUGUGUUUGAAGUGUUAGAAGGUUAUAACUGCACCAUAUUUGCCUAUGGUCAGACAGGAACAGGAAAGACAUACACAAUGGAAGGAGGAGGCAGGAAAAAGAAUGGGGAAUUUCCAAGCGAUGCUGGUGUCAUUCCAAGAGCAGUUAAACAAAUUUUUGACAUUCUUGAAGCUCAGAAUGCUGAGUAUAGCAUGAAAGUUACAUUUUUAGAGCUAUACAAUGAAGAAAUUUCAGAUCUUUUGGCGCUGGAAGAAACUACAAAAUUUGUUGAUGAUAAAUCUAAGAAACCAAUAGCUCUUAUGGAAGAUGGAAAAGGGGGUGUUUUUGUUAGAGGCUUGGAAGAAGAGAUAGUAUGUACUGCAAAUGAAAUUUAUAAAAUCUUGGAGAAGGGUUCUGCAAAGAGGCGCACAGCGGAGACUUUACUUAACAAGCAAAGUAGUCGUUCUCACUCAAUAUUUUCUAUCACUAUUCACACUAAAGAAUGUACUCCAGAGGGGGAGGAGAUGAUCAAGUGUGGAAAGCUGAACCUUGUUGACCUUGCUGGUUCAGAGAAUAUUUCACGUUCUGGUGCACGAGAGGGCAGAGCAAGAGAGGCAGGAGAGAUCAAUAAGAGUUUGCUUACACUCGGCCGUGUGAUUAAUGCACUCGUUGAACAUUCUGGUCAUGUUCCAUACAGGGAUAGCAAAUUAACAAGGUUACUAAGGGAUUCAUUGGGAGGGAAAACAAAGACUUGUAUAAUUGCCACUAUAUCACCAUCUAUUCAUUGCCUGGAAGAAACUCUUAGCACUCUAGACUAUGCACAUCGUGCCAAGAAUAUCAAGAACAAACCAGAGAUUAAUCAGAAGAUGAUGAAAUCUGCAAUGAUCAAGGAUCUGUACACUGAAAUUGACAGGCUAAAGCAAGAGGUGUAUGCUGCGAGAGAGAAAAAUGGAAUCUAUAUACCGCGAGAUCGUUAUCUGCAAGAAGAGGCAGAAAAAAAGGCAAUGGCUGAGAAAAUAGAGCGCAUGGAACUUGACUCAGAAUCUAAAGACAAGCAAACAAUGGAGCUUCAGGAGCUUUACAAUUCCCAACUACUUUUGACUGCAGAACUAAGUGAGAAACUCGAAAAAACUGAGAACAAGCUAGAGGAAACUGAAAAUUCCUUGUUUGAUCUCGAAGAAAAACACCGACAGGCAAAUGCAACAAUAAAAGAGAAGGAGUUUUUGAUAUCUAAUCUCCUCAAAUCCGAGAAAACUCUUGUUGAACGUGCUUUUGAACUUCGAGAAGAACUUGAAAAUGCUGCAUCAGAUAUUUCCAAUUUAUUUGCCAAAAUUGAGCGGAAAGACAAAAUUGAAGAUGGAAAUAGAGUACUUAUCCAGAAAUUUCAGUCCCAAUUGACCCAACAGCUUGAUACCCUGCACAAGACCGUGGCAAUUUCUGUAACUCAGCAGGAGAAGCAACUCAAAGAUAUGGAGGAAGACAUGCAGACUUUUGUAUCAACAAAGGCUGAGGCUACUGAAGAACUUCGAGGAAGGGUUGGAAAGCUGAAAACCAUGUAUGGAUCUGGUAUCCAAGCUCUGGAUGAAAUGGCUAAGAAACUUGAGGGAAACUCUCGGUUAACUUUUGACAAUCUAAAUUCUGAAGUUUCCAAGCAUUCGCAUGCUCUUGAGGGUCUUUUCCAAGGAAUUGCUACGGAAGCUGAUACAUUACUAAAUGAUCUCCAAAGCAGUCUACAUAUUCAAGAGGACAAGCUGACUGCGUUUGCAAAGCAGCAGCGUGAGGCACAUUCUAGAGGAGUUGAAAGUGCACGAUCAGUUUCUAAGAUAACGGUAAACUUCUUCAAGACUCUAGACUCGCAUGCCUCCAACCUAUCCGAAAUCGUGGAAGAAGCCCAAAUAGUCAACAAUCAGAAAUUGUCUGAUCUCGAAAAGAAAUUUGAGGACUGUGCUGCUAAUGAAGAAAGGCAAUUGCUGGCAAAAGUUGCAGAGUUGCUUGCAAGUUCCAAUGACAGAAAGAAGAAACUGGUUCAAAUGGCAUUGCAUGACAUGCGGGAGAGCGCAAAUAGCAGAACUAGUAAGAUACAGCAAGAAAUGGCUACCAUGCAGGAUUCCUCAUCUUCUAUUAAGGCCGAAUGGAAUAACCAUAUGGAGAAAACAGAAACUAAUCAUCUCGAGGACACGAAUGCAGUGGACAAUGGAAAGAAAGAUCUGGAGGAUGUUCUCCAUAAAUGUUUGAACAAGGCAAGAAUGGGAGCACAACAGUGGAGGGAUGCUCAAGAAGCCUUGCUCAACCUAGAAAAAAGCAAUGUUUCUUCUGUGAAUUCCAUUGUUAGUGGAGGAAUGGAAGCCAAUCAAGCCCUACAAUCACGUUUUUCAUCAGCUGUAUCGACUGCUAUUGAAGAUGUGGAUGCUGGAAACACAAACUUACUCUCGUGCAUUGAUCAUUCGUUACAACUUGACCAUGAUGCUUGCGGAAAUCUUAAUUCCAUGAUUGUUCCUUGUUGUGAAGACUUGAGGGAAUUAAAGGGUGGCCACUAUCACAAGAUUGUAGAAGUUACAGACAAUGCUGGGAAAUGCCUUCAGGAUGAAUAUGCGGUGGAUGAACCAUCUUGUUCAACACCAAGAAAGAGAUCCUUCAACCUACCGAGUAUUGCGUCAAUCGAGGAACUCAGAACUCCUGCUUUCGAAGAACUAUUAAAAUCAUUCUGGGAUACGAAAUCCGCCAAGCAAGCAAAUGGAGACAUUAAACAACAUAUUGCUGCAGUCUAUGAGGCCGCGCAGUCCUUGAAAGACUCCAGAGUACCUCUCACCGCUAUUAACUAAGAGAAAAAAAAAAGUUAAAAUCGGCAGAUAGAGUAUAGUGGUAAGAAAAAGAGGUUUGUGUACAGAAAAAAAAGGGUUUGGUAUUAUGAACUACGUCUCUUCUUAUUCAUUAAUUGAUUGCUUAAAUAUGAUAGAUUCUUUUUUAUUUUUUGUUCACUGGGUAGGAUUAUUUAGAAAGGUAUUGUUUGAAAAAAUAUGAACAUUUACACGAGUUUAUUAAAUAUAGUGUGUUGUUUCGGAGAUCAA